GGUCCAGGCCUUGGGAUGUGACGGGAUGAUUUUACUGGGAGCCGGGAUACAGGGGAAGAACAGGGUCUGGGGAGCCGCACAGGCCGCAGGGAGGCAGUGCUGGGCAUUGUAGUCCGUGCCAGGGCCUCAGGCUGCCCAUAGGGGGUGCAGUGUCUAUCUGUAUACAUGGUGGGUGCAGUGUAAACAUUGGACGUCAUUGCAGGCUCUGUCUAUGGGUCAUUUCUAUAGGAACCGACCCCGAAUCGUCACCUGACAGGUCCACGCGUGUCCUCAUCCUGUAUGUGUGACCAGCCCUAGCCAUGGAGGACGGCGCUAGUGUAAAUCGCAAGUAUAGAUUGGCGCAUUUCUCUCGUUAGAAAUUGAAGGGGUCAGGUCACGGUAAAGCGGUUGCUACUGAAGGGAAGUGUUGUCAUAGGGGCAAUCCCACCGCUAUCACGUGCGUAGUCGUAGCCUCCAGCCAGACAGAUGUUGGGAGCGGGAAGAAUGGAAGAGUUCCAUAGCAAGGAGGAAGAGCCUUGGUAUGACCACCAUGACCUGGAGCAAGAUCUGCAUCUGGCAGCCGAACUGGGGAAGACCCUGUUGGAGCGCAACAAGGAAUUAGAAGUAUCUCUGCAGCAGAUGUACCUGAGCAAUGAGGACCAGGUGCAGGAGAUUGAGUACCUGAGUAAACAGCUGGAGAUGCUGCGGCAGGUGAACGAGCAACACGCCAAGGUGUAUGAGCAAUUGGACACAGUAGCACGAGACCUGGAAGUCACCAAUGUCCGGCUUCUACACGAAAACAAGGUGGCCCAACAGAAAAUAGAAAGUUUAACAGAUACUAUAGAUGGUCUGCAGAAGCAGGUAGAGGACCUGCAGAGACAGGUUGAGGAAUUGCAAGGUCUGGACAAGGUACGAACCAGAAGGGAGAAGAGAGAAAGGCGUCGCACUAUCCACACCUUUCCUUGUUUACGUGAACUGUACCCUAGUAACUGGUAUGAUGAAACAGUCAGCAAGCAUGCUUCUUGCCUGGACCUGUCUCAGAGACCUUUACAGAUGGAAAAUCAGCGUUUGCAGAUGGCUGUGAAUGCUUUGAGGGCGCAGGUAGCAGAGGAACGGCAGCGGAAGGAGAGGGCCGAACAGGAGUACCAGGCUGUCAUCCAGGAGUACGCUGAGCUGGAGCAAAGAGCUUGUGAGAUGGAAAACUGCAAGAUGCGUAUAAAAGAGCUGGAGAGUGAACUGCAAGAACUACAGCAGAUGAAACAAGUGAAGCGUUAUCUCCUAAGCCGGGGGGAUAGCCUAUCACAGGCACUGCUAGAACCCCUUAACAAGACCCCAGAAACGGAUGACCCAGAGCCAUUGGAGGGGGAGGAAAACGUGAGCAGGAAUCCAGCGUCUCCAAACUCAGCCGUCAGGAAAAGCUGCAGCGACACAGCGCUGAACGAUAUCGUAGGGAGAGACGCCGCCAGCCGCCACGCAGGGAAUUAUACCCUGCACGCCAACACGAGGCGCCGUGGUAUGUCUAUUCUGCGAGAGGUGGAUGAGCAGUAUCACGCGCUGCUGGAACGUUACGAGGAGCUGUUGGCCAAAUGCAGGAAACACGAGGACAACCUCUGCCAUGCCGGAGUGCAGACUUCUCGUCCGGUGUCCAGAGACAAUUCCAGCAGAGACCUCCCUGCCGAGGAAGAAGAGCCCGAGAGAGCACUGACCCUGCAGCUGGAGGCUGCCGACCGACGGCUGGAGCAGAGUCAACCCGAGUACAAGGCUCUGUUUAAAGAGAUAUUUAAUCGCAUCCAGAGAACCAAGCAAGAUGUUAGCGCUGGGAAGGGUCCUGGUGGCAAGUGAAGGCCCAUCAAGACCAAAUUUUACAGUGUUGCUGCCCCUGCACACUUAUGUUCUCCCUGCCUGCGGAGCUCUUUUCUCACUGCUCAUAGCAGACUCCACUGGUGCACUUACGUGUCCACAUAUGAAUAAUCCAGUGGUCCAUUUUCUGAAUAAGCUUUGCUCUGCACAGCCAAUGCAUUAUUCAUGUAUUACUAUUACUAUCAGCAUAAGUGAAAUCUGCAGCUCAGGGUCUCUUUAGACCUUUAUCGUGGGUUACGGUCCGACUUCAUCCAUGGUCCUGGCUAUCCCAGGAAGAAUUGGCUGGUACGUAGUGUAGAACAAUACCUAUUACCCCGUAUCAUAGAAGUCGAUAUGCGUUAGUUCACAUUUGCAACACUAAUUGUUAACCAUGUAGCUCCAGUCCGUAUACAACACUAUAAAGAGCGGUGUCACCGCCAGCCUAUCUAUAACUGGCUGGUCAUUACAGGUAUAUACAGCAUGCCUGUCGCGUGGCACGUGUUUCAUACAAGGAGGUUUUUGGAGAGGUCCAUUGCUGUCUGCAUCAGUGUUUUAAGCUCAGCAGAAUUCGCCUCUGCACUCCGCUGCUAAAUGUAUUAUCCUUUUUACCUUUGUGCGUCUGUGUGCGUCUUUCCUUCCAAACCCAGGUAGAACUUUUUCGACUACAAAAAAAAUAAAAAACCCAAUAGGCCA